GUUCUCGAUUGCUUAGCGCCUCCGCGUUCGUGACUCUUUAUUUGACGCGGCUGCUGGGGCGAAAUCUUAACCACUUCUUUCUGCCAUUUUCUCCAAUCUUCGUUGCUCUUUGGAUCUCGUGUCGGGUUGGAUUGCUAAGCACUGAGUUCAUCAUCCGUUGCUAUCAGUGAGUCCAAGUUAGGAUGAGUGCACGCAAGGCCCUUCUAUCAGCCAAUAAUGAGAAGAGUGCAAAAUCUGUAACUUCUAGCCCUAACCCUUUUGAUUCUGUUUCUGACUUUGAGGCUGAUCGAAGCAGCAAACCUACUACUGCUGCAUUCUCGAGUUUGGGAUUUUCAGCAACAAAAGCCAGAUACAAGAAUGACUUCCGUGAUUCAGGUGGCAUUGAGAACCAAUCUGUUCAAGAACUGGAAAACUAUGCUGUAUACAAGGCUGAGGAGACUACAAAUACUCUAAAUGGCUGCCUUAGAAUUGCUGAAGAAAUGAGAGGAGAUGCUUCAAAUACUCUUGUAAAAUUGCAUCAACAAGGCCAGCAAAUUACUAAGACUCACCAAACGGUUGCAGAUAUUGAGCACGACCUUAGUAGGGGUGAAAAGCUUUUAGGAAGUCUUGGCGGCUUGUUUUCUAAGACAUGGAAGCCAAAGAAAACACACAGAAUUAAGGGACCUCUUCCCGUUCAAGAUGAUUUUCAUACAAAAGGUAGCCACCUGGAGCAGAGACAGAAAUUGGGAUUAGCUACUGCUCCACCUCGAUCAGAACCUCGUCAUUUUUCCUCUGAACAAGCUUCUGCACUUGAGAAAGUCGAGCAUGAGAAGGCAAAGCAAGAUGAUGUGCUGUCAGAUUUGAGCAACAUGUUGGGCGAGCUGAAAAGUAUGGCUAUCGAUAUGGGUUCUGAGAUGGAGAGACAGAGCGUGGCUUUGGACCGAAUGCAAGACGAUACGGACGAGAUACAUGCGAGGGUUAAAGGUGCAAGCCAGCGAGGCCGUCGAUUGCUGGGAAAAUAAUCUUUUUUUUUCCUUUUGAGAAAAAUUUACGAGUAGAUGACAUGUAAUAAUAUAAUUCUGGUGCUCAUCUUCUUUGGCAGUCUCAGUUAUAUUGUGUACCACUGUAAUUGUUUGAUUCUUUUUGCUUCAAUCGCAAAAUUUAUUCA